AUGGGAUUAGAUGCUAUCAAACCCUCACCGGUGCCGACCGGAGAAGAAAACACAUCAAAUCAAUCCACUUCGCUUCUCUCUUUCGACACAGACAUCACCACCACCCCAUCAAAACCCUCUACCACCACCGUCCUCCUCUUCUCCCUCCUCUUCACCACCUGCGUCGCUCUCUCCGCCGCCUUCGCUUUCGCCUUCCUCUUCUUCUCCUCCGUUACAUCCACCAAUCACCACCACAGCACCACCGCUAUCCAAAUCGCCCGUCCACUCAGUAAACUCACUCACCCAGUCGUCAUCCUCAUUUCCUCAGAUGGGUUCCGAUUUGGGUACCAAUUUAAAACCCCAACACCCAACAUCCAACGACUAAUCAAAAACGGAACCGAAGCUGAAACUGGAUUGAUUCCAGUUUACCCAACGUUAACCUUCCCAAAUCACUACUCAAUCGCCACCGGAUUAUACCCUGCUUAUCACGGAAUCAUAAACAACAAAUUCAUUGAUCCUAUCGCAGGUGAUACUUUCACAAUGGCCAGCCAUGAACCCAAAUGGUGGCUUGGCGAACCCAUUUGGGAGACAAUCGCGAACCAAGGGCUCAAAGCGGCUACAUAUUUCUGGCCUGGAUCCGAGGUAAAAAAGGGUUCUUGGGAUUGUCCUGUAAAUUACUGUGCACCCUAUAACGAAUCAGUCCCAUUCGAAGAUCGCGUUGAUACUAUCCUCCAUUAUUUCGAUUUAUCAAAUGAAGAAAUCCCUGUUUUCAUGACAUUGUAUUUCGAGGACCCUGAUCAUCAAGGUCAUCAAGUUGGCCCUGAUGAUCCUCAAAUUACAGAAGCUGUUAGUAACAUCGAUGGGUUGAUUGGUAGAUUGAUUAACGGAUUGGAAAAACGUGGUGUUUUCGAAGAUGUUACCAUAAUCAUGGUAGGCGAUCAUGGAAUGGUUGGUACUUGUGAUCAAAAGUUGAUAUUUUUAGACGAUUUAGCUUCUUGGAUCAAGAUUCCGACAGAUUGGGUACAAUAUUAUACUCCUGUGUUAUCUAUUCGUCCACCUUCUGAUCAAUCCCCUUCUGAAAUCGUCGCCAAAAUGAACCAAGGAUUGAGUUCAGGGAAGGUCAAAAAUGGCGACAAAUUGAAAGUUUAUCUCAAAGAAGACCUUCCUGCGAGGCUGCACUAUUGGGAAAGUGAUAGGAUCCCUCCGAUUAUUGGGUUAGUCGAUGAAGGGUUUAAGGUUGAGCAAAAGGACUCGAAGAGUAAGGAAUGUGGAGGUGCACAUGGAUACGAUAAUGCAUUUUUUUCGAUGAGAACGAUUUUUAUUGGUCAUGGUCCUCAAUUUGCUAGAGGUAGAAAGGUACCAUCUUUUGAGAAUGUUCAAAUAUAUAAUUUAAUUACUUCGAUUCUCAACAUACAUGGAGCUUCCAACAAUGGGUCUUUAUCUUUUGCAAAGAGUGUGCUUUUGCCUCAUCAUUGA